AGAUACGCAGCACCAGCAGCAGCGUGGUGCCCGGCCUGCUCCAGCCCUUUUCUCGUUAAAAGCAGAUCUCUUUGAUCAAGAGGACGCCGACCGCGUGCUGGCGCUGCGCACCACCCUCCUGGCCAACGCGCUGGGCAAUCGCAUGACUCUCAGCGUCAUCAAGCCUUUGCUGUCGCUGACAGCUUCCAAUGUGAGGCACUUAACCAUUGUUGCACCGAGUGCGAAAAUUGACAAGCUGUCCGUGCACCACGUCGAGCGCAUGACGUGGGACACGGCCGCUGAGGAGGUCACGUUUGACGCAGACUUCCGUGACGUGCAGCACAUUUGCCUGCGCCGCCUGGGCCACCGGGCUGAUUUCAGCGCACUUGCAGGCAUCCCUUGCGUCGAGCUUGCUUCGGACGAUGCAGCAAACAGCUUCGAUCUGGCACCCUUGGAAGGCGUGAAGCACCUGGCUCUGCGCAACACCCGCGUGCUCGGCGAGGAGCCCGUCAUACUGGCGGCGCAGCGCCUCGACCUGACCGGCGUCAACCUGGAAGCAGCCAAGCUCCACGCCAACCGCGUCCAGCUGUGCCGCAUGGCCGCUGCCCCCGAGCUGCUGCACCUCCCCAACGCCACCCACAUUGAGCUGUUGGAAGACUGCAAGGUGAAGCGCAUAACGUGCCCGCUGCACAUUGAGAGGCUCGUCAUCCGCCAUCCAAACACGCAUGCUGGCGCAGCGCCCGUUGAGCUGCCGCAAUUUGAGCACGCGGGCACGGUGGUGCUUGACUUUGGUGGGGCAAAGCUCACGCGCGCACAGCUGACGAGCCUCGGCGCUCGCUCCGACCACCUCGUGCUCUGCAACUGCGUGAACAACAUCCGUGACCUGUGCGACGUUCCACCGCACGUGUACGUGUGCGUGGCGGGCGCCCACGUUGACGCGGAGGUGCCGCUGUGCGUGAAGGAGCUGAAGGCGUCCAUCAAAAGCAGCUUUCGCGCCAGCUUUGUUCGCACCGUGCCGUACCUGAUGCUCAGUGGACAGAGGACAAUGAAAGCAAUUCCAGACACCAACAACCUCUCUGACCACGUGUUCCUCAGCCUCAAGGCGUGUGCCAUCGAUGGGGCGAUCAGAAACUGCCUGCGCGCGAGCAUUGAUGGUUGCGUGGGACGCGCCACGUUCAACUGCAUUGGCGCUCUCUCCAUCCAUCACGGCGACCUUGCAUUUACCAGGUUUGAGCGUGCCGACUUUGAAGUCGAGGGUGUGGAGGAUGUGUGCACGUGUCGACUUUGGCACUGCGACAUUGAUGAGCCGUUCUCGCUUCGUGCCACGCAGCGCCUCAUCGUCAGGGUCAGCACGUUUUACGAGGCCAUUGUCGUUGAGCCCGUGAACACGCUUGUCGUGCGCGGAUGCGGGUCGGGCUACGGGAACGGGCGGUGGCCAUACGCAACGCUCGCGCGCCCAACACAUGAGAGGACACAGUUGAUGGAGAGGCUGAGGGAGAAAGACAGGGUGGAGUGGGAACGGCGCAGGGAAGAAGAGAGCUGGGAAGACUGGUCGCCGUUAUUCGAUGACACGGAAUACGAAUCUGACGACGACGAUGAUGGCGACGAGGAUGCUGAUGGUGAUGAUGACGGUGAUGAUGAUGAUGACGGUGAUGGUGGUGGUGAAGAUGAUGACAGUGAUGAUGGUGAAUGCUGAUGGCGGCGGCGGCGACGAUGAAUGCUGGGACAUCUUGCGUGCAUGCAUAUAUGUGUGUGUGUGUGCGCAUGUGCGUGUGUGUGUGUGUGUGUGUGUGUGU